UGUUUUCUGACAGUGCAAACCCACUUCAUGCAGAGGUUGAGCACAUUUUGUCACGUAACUGACCUGGGCGUGAGGGCCGGUUUUGGGAUGACAGCUCACAUGAAACAAAGGCUUUGCAGUGAAACAACAUCGGCGUUUACGCCGGUUUCCUCCCCCUUAAUAGCCAGCUCCAGCUCCGGCAGCGCAGCUCCUCCUGUUCCCCGUUAUUAACUGCCCCUCGGGCCGGUCAGUUGUGCCCGGGCGCUGGGGAGGAGCUCUCACCCCCGCCACAAGCCACCGCGCGCCGUUGCCGUGGUGACGGAGGAAGCCGCGCUUCCCUGACACCACUGCCGAGUUUUGGGAGGAUAUGGAGCGGCACGUCCCCAUUUACAUGCUGCCUGAGGAAAUUCGCAAGGGCUACCCUCACACUCCAGAGUUUUCUUCAGUGGGGAACUUAGACAACCAGAUGUCCCGGGAUGAGACAGUAUGUAAAUACUGUGGAGUCAGCUAUUUGAUACUUCAUGAAUUUAGGGUGAUGGAAGAAAAAGUAAAAGCAAUGGAAAAGGAGAUUAAAUUUUAUGAAGGAAGUAUAGAACGGGAAAAAGGACUUCAAGCAGAAUUGCAGUCUCUUUACCAAGACCUUGAGCACUAUCGAGCUGACGAUGAAUCAAAAACAGAAAGAAUAAGAACCCUCACAGUGGAACUUAAAAACAAGCAAGAUGAUUUAAAAAAUGUGAAAGAAGAUUUGAGGUAUUUCCAAGAGGAAAAGGAAGCUGCCUAUAAACAAUCACAAGUGCUCAGAAAUACAUUGGAACACCAUUGCUCAACUCUGAACAAGGCAGUUUCACUGUUUCCUUUUAUUAGAAGUGAACUAGACAGUAUUAAAGAAGUCAUCUCCAGUAAUCUGGAGAACUGGGCUGCCAUGAAAGAAGAAAUCUUUAUACAAAUAAAAACAGUUAGCAAAGAAGCUUUGACAGAAAUACCCAAAUUGAAUCAAAGAUUAGCAAAGUCCCAGAGAGAGAAUGAAUGCCUCCAAGAAAAGGUAAAACAUCUGACAUUGGUGGCUGACACAGCUGAGCUGAAAAGUCAACAGCUUCAAACUUCACUUCAGCAAGGGAAUGAGCUACAAAGUAGAUGCCGUGAGCUGCAAAAGGAAACAUUAGAUUUAACAAAUCAAGUAGAGACAAUUGGAUUGAAGCUGCAGAAAGUAACAGCCGAGAUGGACCACUACAAAAAGCUGUCAAUGGUGAAAUCAACGGAACUUGAUGUCUGUCAAAAUGAACUGAAAAAAAUUAAAUACGAAAAUGGAAUUUCUGAGUCAAGGCUUACAAAAGAGCUCAAGGAAAAGGAGGAAUCUUUUCUAAUUUGCCAGCAAGUAUGCAAACAUUUACAGGAAGAAAUGGCUGAGAAAGAAAGGGAAGAAGAAGAUCUAAAAAGAAGAACUGGUCGAUUAGAAAGUGAGCUGGAAGCCCUUAAAGCUCUUCUUAAACAAACAGAGGAAGAGGUAGUGAUGUUGAAACAAGAAAGGGAGUUUAUGCUGAUUUCUCAUCAGAACAGAACGGAGCAGCUGCAGGUAGCGUUAAGACAGAAAAUGCGGAAUGAAGAUAACUGGAGGGAGAAGUUCCCACUGGUGUCAGGACAAGUCCCCACAUGUACAGAGAGGAAUAUGACAGCCCCAGUGUCAUCUAGCUUGGAAUCUGAAGUACCUGGAGCAAGCGUUGCUGUCAGCCCAGGGGCACAGAGGUGCAACCUGGGUUUUGAGAUGGAAAUUGAUCUGGCUAAAGGUGAAGCACAACACAAAGAAGCAAUUCUUAAAGUCAAGGAAGAAGCAAGAGUGGAACUAGACAUUGAGAGACAAAAGCAGCAAGAACUGAUUGCAAAAUAUCAGAGAGAUCAUGAAGAGCUCCAGAAGAAGAUUCCAGGUUUAAUAUCCAGUGCUACCAACAGCUUAAGGAUGGAGACAGAAAUUCUUGAAAAGAAGCUACAAGAUGCCCAGAUCAAACUUACAGAGAAAGAUGAAGAGAAGGAAAAAGAAAUUGAGAGCCUUAAAAGACUAAUUACUGAACUUGAAUUUCAGCUGUCGAUGGAAAAGAACAAUAAUGAAUCAUUUCUGGAUAGUAUGAGAAAAGAAAUUAAACACAAGUCAGGUGAACUGGAAAAAUUAAACCAGGAGAGGACACAGCUGAUUCACAAUCUGAGUCAAGUUCAAAAAGAGAACACUCUUCUCCAGGAAACAGUGCGCAGAGAGUGUGAGGAACGCUAUGAGCUGACUGCAGCUUUGACUCAAGCCAGGGAACAAGUACUGGAACUAAAAAAACUCAGUGGAAAUUUCCCACUAUCGCUCUGUUCCCUGGCUCAGGGCAGCCUAACCUCCUCUGCUGCCCUGCUCACUGAUUAUGGACAGAAAAGCCGCUCUAGCCGCAGCACUGGGAAGGAAAUCAAUCUCUCUGGACAGUUUGGUAUUUCAAGAGCUGCGAAGGCACCCACCUCCGGUAAGCGUAACAGCAGCAGCAGUGUGUGCUUGCCAGCUCUAACCCCACCACAUCCUCCAAGAGGGAGGGCAGCUUCGCUCAGCGAGCCCAGGAGCAGGAUCUCUGCAGUUAUAAGACAACUGAGCUAGCUCUGGCAGCUACAUAUGCACGCAUAGGGCAUGGGAAACCAUUCCAGUGCAUCAAAUGGCUGUUUACUCAUGGACCCCAGGGUCAACUCUUAGCCGAUGCAAUUCAUGCAUUUCUACAAGUUAAAAUUAAUUUUUUAUAUAUUUUUAUUGCAGUAAUGUUUCUUUGUUCAUCACAUAUUAAAGUAAUUAAAUGCUACCUACGCUUCAAGAUGAGGAAAAUAAGAAAGAAAAAAUACUGUCUCUCCAAAAGCAACACAUCUUCAAUAGGUGUAGUUAAAUUAUUGGCCAAUUUAAAUUCCUGUUUUCCCAAACCACUUUGUUAGAAUUUUCCUAUUUUGUGUGUUCUCCUGUUUAACUUAACUGCUUGUUUCUGGUGUAAAAAUGUGAUUUGUUUGGUUAGAAUCAGAUUUUUGCAAUUAUUUAAUUGAAUAGUGUUGUAUUUGCAAAUAAUUAUGCUUAGGUCAGUGAAACUUUCUAGUUGUGUAGUAUGUAUCAUUCAGUCUGAAAUCUGGGAAAUCCACAUGCUGAGUAGACUAGUCAUUGGCAGAGACAUAUGGGCAAGUCUUCAAGCUGUGCUAAUUAACAAGGAGUGGAAGAUUUAACACGUUUCAUCCAAAAGACAUUUGCCUCUUUAAUCAGAAAAGUGUCUUUAUGUUAAGCGUAACUUCUUGCUUCAAAGGGUUCUCUGUAAAAUUGUUAGACAGGAGGAUCAGUAUCUUUAUUUUACUCCUUGAUACGUGGAACCAUGGUUUGUUUUGGAGCCCAGACAAGGCUUGGUCAUCUUUGUUCACGUGCAGAGGCUGCAGAAGUAGCUGCUUUUUGAACAAGGCAGCUCUGCUGCUGGAGCAGUUUGACAGUGUGGAGCAUAGAGUGGACUGAGUGAAGCAGUGAUGGGUGACUCAGUCAGUCUGAGAUUUCACUUACUGUGUUACCAGAUACUCAAGUGUUUUGGUCAGAUAAGCCCAAACAGCCAGUUUGCUGAUAGUAACCAGUUUUGGCAACAGCCCAGCAGUGAUUGGACAAGGAAAGGUGAUGAAGCAGGCCCAGAUCAGCCUGGCAAGUCUCUUGGGCAGAAGUAGACCUACCACAUUAGACCCAGCUCAGGCAGGAGGAAGGAGCUGGAGCUGAGCUCCUCGGCACAUCGCAGUGGCACAGGGGUAUGAGCCCUAGGCACAGAGAUGCUGGUGGCCCUGCUCCAUUGAAAGACCACCAUUCAUCUUCUGAGACCAUCAGCUCUGACUUGGACAGAAACUUUGUGGAAGGUAAGUUAGAGGGCAACUUUUUGGAGACUAUCAGAGUGUGCACAUGAGCAGUUGGAGAACUGAAAUUGUCUGCUCCUGUUUAGGUGUGGGGACUGGGCUUGCUCUUCCCUUGGAGUUGUGGAGUUGCUUCUUCAUAGGGCACUUGUAAACCCAGAUAUGUUUAGAAUCGCAUCAUGAACCUUGACCUUCUUGUUAUUUCUGAGUGAUGAGAUAGUCCUGUAUGUGACAAAAUGACAGCAGUAGGCCACAUCUUCAAUGCUAGAGAAAAUCAGAGAAUUGGUAAAUCCAAUGACAUGACAGGAAAUACAUUUUAUUCAGUAAAAUCAGUGGAAGGAACAUCAAUUUUAGAUUUACCCUCUGGAGCUUGAUUUAAAAACAUGCUCUAUCUUGGUUUCUGUUCCCACUGAAAUCAUCAGUCAGCCUUACCUGAUUUCAGAGGCAGCAUCCACUGAAAUCAUCCUCUAUUCACAAAUUCCAAAGCAACAAAAUUAUAAAAGUUGUUCUGGUAGCUUCUGCUGCACAGGGAUACUCUGCAGGGACCUGGAAGAUUGAAUGGACUUGAACAGACCUCAGAAGAAACUGGUAGCAAGAACCAGUUGAUUGGGGUAUGUUAGAAUCAAACACAAAUACAGUCCCCAGGAGAGUGUAGACUCCGGUUGGUGGAGGUCAGAGUCUGGCAGUUUGGCUUUCCUCAUUCAGCAGGAUCUUGGUGGUUGCUGUGACUAAGGCCUGCUUGCCUUCUCUGUUGCAAAACAGGCCGUCUGUAUCUUCUAACUGGAGCAUGUGCCAAUAGGCUGUAUCCUCCAUGGGUAUCCUCAGUGGAGGCUUGCCCAGUUUACUAAAGCAGAAUUAUGCUCAAUUGGCCAGUGGCAACAGUGAGUCUUAAGCCCAACCAAGAUACCUGGCCAGCAGUGGAAGCUGUCUACAGGAUCUGCUGGCUUUGCUCAGAUACUUGUAUUUUUCUUAAGGAUGUUGAAAAUUUGUAAUGUCAAAAGAUGUGAAAACAAUUUCACUGAAACACAAGCCUCAGGAAAUUCAUUUUUUCAGCAAUCCCACAAAUGCAGAAUAAAGGUGAUGGGAAGCAGUCCCAAAGGUCUGCUUGGAGUAUGGCUGGACGGUGCCCUGCUCUGGUCAGUGGUGAAGUUGAUUUUUGCUUAGAAAAGAUGCUGACGUCUUUGAGCUUGAAAAUUGUUAUCCCACUGUCCACCCACAGCCUUCCUGUGCUGAAGUAACAGAUUUUCAUUGAGGUGGUUCUUAAAAUUUAUUGCUCUAUGAUGUAGAUUUUUCAUAACAUUUUUAGAUGAACAUUGGUUGCAUUUUCCAGCCUUACAAGAGAAAUUAUAUAAAUCCACUAACUGCUGUUACAUAAUGUUACGCCCUUCUGCAGCUAUGGACCAGGAGUCACAGUGAGCCCUUUGGUAGCUGAUGUCGUAGUGUGGAGUUUAAUACUGGAAUAUUUCUGUCAAAGAAAAGGUGGGACCUUUACCUGUGGACUGUUUUGCUUCCUGAGAUCACCAGGAUGCAGUAAUGUCUCUGUGCUUACAACAAAGCCAGAGCAUGGGUGUGGAAAGCUACAGAGUAUUCCAGCUGUUCCUUCCCUUGUGCAGCUGUGGCUGCACAAACAGGUCAGACUUCAAAUUUGGGCUCCUCCGACUGCUUCAGUGUUUCUGUUCUGUAGCAGCAGCAAUAGCAAAGGAUGACGCCGUGGUCAAAAGUUGCAAAGUGAGGAAUAGCACAUAAAAUAAUGAGAGCAGUCACAGAAAUAAUGUUUCUAGCAUGAAGGAGUAUAUAAAUCAUGGAUCCAGACUUAAGUCAGGAACAAAUAUUUCCCUUACUUCCCCUCCCUCACAGUAACACAGAAUUCCUGCUGCUAAGCAAUAAACAAAAUAUAUGAAUGUCAGGAAACUUUACCAGCUUUUAAAACCAAAUAAAUUUCACGUAGUCAAGGAAAGUUUAGAGAGUAUUUCUUGUAAUGGGAUGAAACACAACAGCAAAAAAUACCACGAAGAAUGUGGACACCUAAUUAUAUCCCCACAUAUCCAGGAAAUAAAACUUCCUGGAGGCAAUAUAUCUUGCAGAAUUGGUGUCAUUUAUGAAUGUUUUUUUUUUUGUAUGCUGGACCUUGCACUGUAGGACUCAUGGCACAAGGGAAUGCUUAAAAAUAUCUCCAAGCUCGAAACAAAUCUGCCUCUGUGGGGUACAGGGUGGCUGGCACCUGCACCCCACAUCCUGCAGAGGCAGGAUGGCUGGCUGGAGGCAGCAAGCCAUUCUCUCGCCUCUCAAGGUUACAAGAAAACAUCCCAUGGCAAUGAGCUGUCUUGUUCUUGCCUGAUGCAAAGGUUUCUGUUUCUUCUUGACAGAGCUGAUAUUUUUGCCUGAUCAAGAAUAGUAGCUUGUACAGUCCUAAACCUUUCCAUAAAGCAUUAAUCCCACUAAGAGGCUCUGCCUGUUUGCAUUCAAUGCACUAACAUACUGUGCUACUACCAAAUUUAUCCAUUUAUUUUUAUCCACCAGUCUUCAUUUCCAGAGCAGUUUCAAAUAUUCAGUGUUGUACUAUUAACUGGAGAGAAUCUACACACCAUAGCUGAACACAUCAUUAUUUGGAGGAAGCAGAAAUGGUUCAGGCUGCCAUUGCACUGGUGGGUUUGUGAUGGGAAAAGGAGACGGACAAGGGCAGAAGGACAGGACCUCUCCUGGGUCAUUGGCACCAUCAGUGCUCAGAGCUGUUCCUUGGCUUCAUCUUAAAAAGAACUUGCUGGUUCACUGUGAAAGAGGAGCAGAAACUAACAGGAAAGACUGAUGAAGUACCUGUGUAUAGCCUGGACUCCCAGGAGAUUGGGACCCAUAGCAGAGCGGAAAGCUGAGUUCUUGGGCUGCACUAGAAGCACCUGGCCCAUAGACUCCAUGGGCUGCCCUGGGGAAGCUGAAUCUAACUGGAGUCAAAGAGAAUCGGAGUCCACAGUACCUGCAGCAAGAGCCAGGUAUGUAAUUUCAAGCACAUGUCCCAGGUGCAAAUCAAUGGCUCUGGACAAGAAAUGGUGUGUAUCCAGCCUGUGGGGUGCUCGGGUGGGAGAGCCUGGACUUUCCCUAGGCAUGCUGCCUGUCCCACUGGAGCACGAAUCAAAUUUAAAGCAGUUGGUCUAUACUACAUUAUGGGUCUGUGCUUUUCCACUGAAAGCUGCAUAAAAUUUCUGGGUUUUCCACAGACAUUAGUACAGAAAGGGUCAAAUCCUUGUCUGGUGACGUGGAGUUGUCUUGCUGCUCCUUUGACAGGAGAUUAACUUAUUGCUUGCCAUAUGUAUCAAAGUGCUUGCCAUCUGUAUCAUAGAUAUAAGUGCUUGCCAUAUGUAUCAAACUUUUAUUCCUAAUAGGAUAUUACAAACUAAAGCAGUGAUGUGCCUCAUGUAUUAAAAAUUAUAAACACA